GAAAAUCUAACAUCUUAUAUGUAUAUUAAUGAAAGAUAUAACAUUUAGAAAAAUGAACUCAUAGAAACUUAUUAAAGUUAUCGUAUACACAUAAAUAAAUAUUUUAGUGUCAAAUAUGCACAAGUUAUAAAAAAUCAAAGAAAAAUUAAACGGUAAAAGCAGUCACAAUUUUAAAAAAUCACGGUUCAAAUUGCGUUAGACAAAAUGAAAUUGAACUAUGAAAAUUUUAUUUGCGCAGUGAAUUUUUAGGAUGUAUGUCAUUUUCAUUGAAUUCAUUAAGACAUGAAAAAAUAAAUGGAUCCUACAAAUUGCAAACUCAAAAUUGUUUAUCAAAUUUGACACCAGCAAUAUUGUUGACUUCGCAAAAUAUUCAUCAAAGUUUAACAACUCCAUCCAAAAACCAAAACGCCAAUUUAACAAAUUUACAACAAAAUUCUGUAUCAGAUAUAUCGACAAGUUCAACAGAAAUGGCUGCAGCUGCUGAUAAUAAACCAAUUUCAUUAUUAUUAAAUACAAAUUUAGAUACAAAUCGUCCAGUAAGUCUAGAGGAUGAAGAUGUUAUUAGUAUAGAUAGUGCAUCAGCAGCUGCAAAUGCUAUUGACGGCCAAACUGGGCAAGUUAUUUUAAGUAAAAAAGCAAUUCAUCAACGUGAUGCGGAUGAAAAUUUAUUUUUAAGAUUUUUGGAACUUGAUCCACCGACUGAUACAUUAAAUAAUAUAACAGCGCCAGGUGUAUCAACGAGUAGUGCUGCUAGUACCGGUGCUAACUCGAUAGUAACAAGUAAUACAAUAAAUGCAACAUCAUCAGCACGUAGAACAUCAACAUUUCCAAAAUCAUUAAGUGGUCGAACUCCAUUUACAGUAACAAAACGUCUGACGCGAACUUCUGAACGUGGUUUUGGUUUUUCAAUAGUAUGGACACAUCCACCCAGAGUGGAAAAAAUUGAACCUGGUUUGUCAGCUGCUCAAAGCGGUAUACUACCAGGCGAUUAUGUGAUAUUUGUUGAUAAGCAUAACGUUGUUACAAUGCCAGAGGCAGAUAUUUUAAACUUAAUUAGAUCGCAAGGUAAUAAUUUAACAUUAGAAAUAUUUCGUCGACAACCGUCAUCUGGUAUACCUCCGUUAACUUCAAUAACAUCAACCCGUUCAACUGGUUUAAGCGGUGUUUUAGCAGCAACAAAUAGUUCUGUUUGUGAUUCAACAACAAUGGUAAAUGGCUUAAAUAAAUCUAGGGUAGCUAGUAUUGCUAGUACAACUGAUUAUUCUGGAUCACCAGCAUUAAGACAUCCUGGACCAUUAAAUUUACAAAGUGGUUUAACAACUUGUGGACCACGUAGUUCAAUAGCUUGUUCAAAUGCAUCAUUAGAAACUACUAAACGUAAAUUACAGUUACCUCAGGUCACAUUUAGCAAAGAGAUUGAGCGCAGAAAACUUCUUUUAUUGAAACAACAAAAGAAAAAUGGACAAAUUCCAAAUCAGUCUAUAGGUCCAGUAACAGAUUUGAGAAAACGUUUUUUACUUCAGCUGAUAAGUAGAGAACAAAAUUUUGUUGGCGCUAUACAAUUUGGUAUCCAAAGAUUCAUAACACCGUUACAAGAGCGUAAAGAUUUAAUUUCGCCUAAUGAUCACAGAACAUUAUUUCAAAAUAUAGAUGAAUUAAUGCGAAUAUCUGAAGACAUUUUAGAACAGUUAGUUAACGAAAAUAAUGAACAAGAUCCACAAAUGAAUUUUACAUCAAGAGUUUAUCUAUCAAAAACGACAGCUAUAUGUGCAGCUUACAAAAAAUAUUGCAAUGGAAUUAAAAGAGCCGAUUGUGUUUUGGUAAAUAAAUCACGACAACCAGGAUCAGAUUUUGUGUCAUUUAUUACAGAACCACAAGUGCCACGUAGACGACCUGAUUUAACUAUGUUAAUACAUAGACCACUUCAACAUUUUCGUGAAAUUUUAAAAUUAAUGCAAUUAUUAUCAUCACAUUGUCAUGUGGAUAGUGAAGAGCACAAAAAUUUUACGAGUGUUAUUAAUGAAUUACAAGCUGCUUACCGUGAAAUUACAGUAGGAGGUGGUCUAAUGGAGCCUUUAGGGGAAGGUAGACCAUUGUUAACAUUACAAGAUUUAGAAGCAAGAAUGGUAUUUACUAGAUGUAAACCAUUCACUUUGGCCGUACAAGGUCGCCAAUGGAUUUUUGGAGGAGAUCUUUCACGUGUUGAAGGUCGAUCAAUUAAACCAUAUUGGACGUUAUUAUUUAGUGAUAUUAUUGUAUUUGCUAAAGUUAGUCGUGAUCGGGUUUUAUUCAUCACUGAAGAGCCAUUACCAAUUGCCAAUAUAGUUGAUUCGUGUUUUAACAUAAGAAAAAAAAACACAGAAUUCCGAAUUACUGUGGAUCCAAAUGGGCGUUCCAUAGAAAGUCCAACAGCUUACUGUGCACCUGACUUAACAAAAACACCUAAAAAAAAUACAAGGAGGAAAAGUCUGAUUUUAAGAGCACCAUCGCUGGAAUUAAAAGCAGUUUGGCAAAACUUGUUACAAAGACAAAUUUUUUUAGUGAAUGCUGCAUUAGGUUCCACGCCACUAUCGAGUCCACUAGAUUCACCAGAUGUUUUAAAUACCUUAGUACCAUUGAGUGAUAUUGGAGCUACAAACACAUCAAUUGCAUCCAUUAAAUUAACUUCAAUGGAUAGUUUAAAUUUAAAAAAUCAACAACAACAACAGCAUCGCAAAAUAAAUGUUGCUCAACAUAUGGAAACGUUAAUCGAUGAAAAAUGCCGUAUUUUGAAUAAAACUGGUACUUCAAAAGCUAGUGCACUACAUUUAGCAAAUUGGAUGAAAGGUCAAUUAGAUAAACAACAAGAACAGGCACGUUUAGUAGCAAUUACGCAAAUGCAAUCAAAUGAAAACUUAGAUAAAGAAGAUAUAUUUGUAUCUGAGGAAGAGGAGGAAGAAAAAAUUACAUUUUGGACCAAAGAACAAUUAGAGAAACGUACAAAAGAAUUGAAUUUUGCAAAAGAAAAUCCAGGUGUUAAACCAGUACAUCGUGCAUUUGGAGGUAAACGAUUGAGUGGUGUUGAAGAAGUCGCUUUUAGUGAUGUUGACUCUGAAGUAAAAAGCCCGUCCAGAAGUACAACGUCAGAUAGUCAAAUAACAGUCCGUUCCAGUCCAAAUCCAAAAAUAAUAGAUAAGCUAUCAGUAUGCCGUCAUUGUCAUAAAAAUUGUAAACAAUCAUUAUUAAAAUCAUCAGAAGCACCAUCUUCACCACCUUUGUUGUCUAAUUCCCUAAAAGUCCAACAUAGCCAAGCAUCGCCUAAUCGCUGUUGUAAACUCAAUGGAUUAGCUACGAUAUCAUCUUCAUUAGUAGAAGACAUGUCUAAUGAUGCAUUUAGUCCUAAAGAUGAUAUCAUUAGAGGUAGUAGUAUUUCCAGUGAAUCUAGCACUGUUACUGGUGAUCGCAGUCAUCAUAGCAAUGAAAUUUUAUUAAAUAAAUCAAGUGAAAAAUUAAUUAAAACAUCUCGUUCAUAUCCAAAUUCAGUUGCGUCGGUUCCAAUCACCACGACACAGAUAAUAAAUGGCAAUAUAUCAAGAAGUGUUACAGAAGAGUCCAUGACAUCAAUAUCUCGUACAUCAUUAUUAAAAUCUAUCACCGAAACUACAACAACAGAAUCAGUUUCAUCAACUGCAAACAUUUUAAAUUCGAUAAAAGACACAAAUGUUGAUCAAAACACAAAAAUGAUGCAAAAAGUUAGUAAUAUACCUAGUAAAGAUAAAAAUCAAUUUGGGCCAACAAGAAAAUCACCAGCUUUAGGUUUAUCUUCGUUACUUAUGAAAUCCUCCGCAUGUCAGAAAUUUAUAAAUACAUCCGAUAAGAAUUAUAUUCCAUGUAAUUGUAAAUGCACCCCAGAAGAUUUUUCAAACACUACUUUAAGUCCAGAUGAGCUGAAACAGGAGACAUGUAAAAUAAUUGAAGAUGUAGCAAUAUUGUCUAGUCAAAUUCCUCUCAAGUCUUCAAGCGAUUCCCCAUCCAAUAAAAACAUUUUAACACGUGAUAAAGAUUUGCAUCGGCAUUGUAAAUGUAUAUGCAAUAAAACUGCGAAGGAAGAAUUUUUCAAGAACAAAGAAAGCGACGAAGACUUAUCUUUAGUACUAAUUGGAUUAGCUCAAUUAAAUCCAGCUGCAAAGCUUUUGAAUUCAAAUGACUUUGUUCCUACAAUUUCCGUUGUGCCACCUACACCCGAAAAUACAUUAUCAAAAACUUGUAUUAAUAUUUGGGAUAAUCAAUCUUCGCAAUCUCACACGUUUCAAUUAGAUAAAAAUUUAAAUCCUAAAACUAUACCCAUUCAUCCGUUAAUUGAAAAUAUUAAUGAUACACCUGAUGAUUCACCACUCGAUGAAGAUCCACCUUAUAGACCAAUGAGUACAGGUUUAAGACGAUUCGGAACUCUAUCAAGUUUAGAAAAGUUACCUGGAGAUGAAAAUCUUAACGCUGAAAAUACAGACGAUGACGAUGAUGUUAACGAUUUAGAGCACGAUGAAGAAGACAUCAAAGUGAUUACUAAAGAAAUUUUUGAUGCAAAUCAUCAGCAAACUACCUUAAGAAAUUGGACAUCAAAGGCUGGGUCAUAUGUUGCUGGGAAAAUGUCAUUUUUUGAAGAAUCAAGAGCUUUCAUUGAUAAAUACCUAGGUAGAUGGAGUGCUGAAAAUGAUGAUAAUGAAGAAGAGCAAUUAGAAGAAUGCACUUCUGGUGAAGAAGUGUGGGGGACGCCAACGAGUGGUGGAGAUAACGAUGAUCUUCAAAUGCCAAAUUCUGACUUAACACAAUCGUCCCCAACAAAAUCAAGUGGGUCAUUAAAUGACGAUGAUGAUACCGAAUUGAUGAUGGACGAACUAUUAAUGGCACCACCGAUGACUGCUAGUACAAUCAGAGGAUUAUUACCACGGCGACGUUUAGAGCCACUUUUUGAAGAAGAAACCGAAAGUGAUGAAGAAAAAACUCAACUGGAAAGUGAAGAAAUAAAAAAGGGGGAAACAGCGGCAAAUGGCCACGAUUUAAAAAGUUCCAGUGGAAGUUCAAGCGAGGAAGAAUCGGAAAAAGCGAUAGCGACAUCAGUUCCAGUACAACAAACUUUCAAGAAAAUAGAAAAAAAAACGAUUCAAGAAGAAAAAUUGACACCGAUAACGAUUCAAUUGCGUCUAAAGCAAAUGCAAAUACAAAAACGGAAUUUUUUAAUGAUGAGAGAAGCAGGCUUAAUAACAUCUUCGCCACAACAAUCAACAAUGACAACGAAAAAUAUACCGAUGCGGGAAACAGCUAUUUCUACAACAACCGAAGCAACAAAACAAUCGAUAUCAAUGAAAGAGCCAUUGAACUCAAAGAUAGAACAACAACCAUUAAAUCAAAAACAGAGUGGAAUUACGGCUCCGAUUCUGACGAUGACGAGAGUUUUGAAGACAUCAGCGAUUACUACAACAAUGAGCAACGAGAAAAGUACUAUAUCAGUAGGGGAAGUUUGUUUGCAAACAACGGCACCAAUGAAGAAUCCAAAAUUUUCACCUCCUCCGCCGCCGCCCCGACGUCUUCUUUUAACCAAAUCAAAUCAAAAUUUGGAAGAAACUGGUGUUCAAACAGUAAACAAUCGAAUACAGCUUCCUCAAAAAUCUGGCGAUACUGCUGAUAUUGGUUCGGGGGCUGCUAUCGAACGACCCCCGACAACGCAUCAAAUAGACCAUUUUCUAGACCGAUUUGUACACACAGGUCAAAAGGGUGCAUACAAUACAAAAGACUCUGUGGAAAAUAUAGGCCUUGCCGAAAACGAAAUAUUAAAGAGCAAAGCGGAGCUAGUACAAGUGGAGAAGAAAUCAGCAAAUACCUUAAAGAAAGAGGGUACGCUGACCCAACAAUUCCGUCAACAAGCCGAGAAAAUUUCGGUGGAAACGGCAAAAGACGAUAUGGACUGUGCACAAAAUUUCUCUCGUUUAAGCCCUCGGUUAGAAAUGCGCUUAGCCCUCAAUCACGAUAUUCUAGGGGACGAAGAUUUAAUAAGCUACAAUCCUGGUCCCGACUUAACAAGAAUUCUAGGGCACGAUCUGUCAACAUAUCAUCGGCGAACGGGAAAAGAUUUGCUGAAUCGAGCGACACUGAACCGUUCUACGACAAAUCGAAUUCAGCCAAAAGAGGCUGUCAUAUCGUUUUGUCAACAGCGAAAUUCCAAAAUGGAUACACCAACAGUCAAACGACGUCAACAACAAAUACAGGAACAAAAAAGUCAAACAAAUCAAAAUAUAUGGAACAGUUCUGUAUUUGUGGAUCAAAUCAAAAACGACGUCGGAAACGAAAACAAGCAAAGAAAAUACAGCAACAGCAGCGACGGGAGCAAAUUAAGCGAUCUAGAGCUCUUAGCGAAACAAGAGAAGAUGUAUUGCAUGUCUCAAUUGAGGAGUGGAUCACCAGCGAAGAGUCUUCAAUACGAAGUGAAGGAGAAAAAUAUCUCGAAGCUCGCGACAACAAUGAUGACGACUGUUUUGUCAUCGCAAGCGACAACUGUAACAACGACAACAAUUAGAAGAAAUUCUUUUGCAAUGGCAGUAAGUGAUAACAGUGACAGCGAUAGCCUUAUAGGAAGUGGAAAUGAUAGAGGAAUCGGAAGAUCAAGUAGAUUGUACAAUUUUUUGUUAAGAAGAAAUUCAGAAAAUCAUUUAAGUAAAAUAUUAUCACAAAAUUCUCUUAGUGAAUCAACUGGAAGUAGUACGCCAGGUCGUCGUCUUAGUAGUUUGUUAUCUCCUAGAAAAGAUAAUGAUAAACCAUCUUUAAAUCGCCGAUUUUGGAAGCAGUUAACGAAAAGACGCAGAGCUAAUUCUGUUUCACAAUUUUCGGAAAUUUCAACUAGUUAAUAUAAAAAAUAUUUCCUUCAUAAAUUUUUUCCAUUUUAUUUAAAAAUUUUUUCAUGUAGUGCGUAAUUAUAAAAUUAUAGUUAUUAAAAAUUUUCCAAUAAUGAAAUCAUAGAAAAUAACCAGAUUUGAAAUUGAAAACGUUCACUUUAAAAACUGUUAUCAAAAGUAUUACUUUUAUUUAAUAAAUUCCUAUAAUUUAAAAAUUUUUUGGGUGCAUCAGCUUUGUAAUAUUGAUACGAGUUGAUGUAUAUAUGUAUUUUAAAAUCGAAUAAUAAGUAUCAUACCGUCGUGACGGUAUAAGUUUUUGGAAUUCGAUUUAGGUUAUUGUAAAUUUUUAUGGAAAUUACAAUUAAGAUUCAAACAUAGCUAUAAUUGUAUAAGUCCUUCGUAUAUACGAAUAAUGGCCAUUAUAAACGGAAAAAUUAUUUGAAAUAUUUAUAUUAUGCUUGAACAAUUCGAAGAUUAUAUUACUAUAAAGAGUUCCAAAUGCACAAAAGAAACUAUACUCUAAUUGUUACCAUAAUGUGGUAUUCGAAAUUUUUAAAUAUUUGUUUGCUCAAUUCAUUUUUAAUCAUUUUUUUUAGAUUCUACAUUUAUUGGAAUUGAAGAUAUAUCUAAGCAAUAAGAAAGUAGCAUUUUUUUUUUAAAUUUUCUUAAUAUGAAAUUCCUAGUAUCGUAAUGAAAUAUAGUGUAUAUGUUGUGGACAAUACCAACAUGGAAGAAUUAUCUCGUUUUAGUUACCCGUAUAUAUAGUAACAAGCCAAAUCACGUCAUUUGGAAAAUAAUUUUCAAUUUUUCAUCCGUUUGGAAUGCUCAUCGGUUAAAAUAUUAUACCAAUGUAUAGAAAAAGCAUGAAUCACAAUUAAGUCUGAAUCACAAUUUAUAAGAACCAUAAUAAUUUUAAAUCUAAAAUCAUUUGUAGACAAAAUAAUUAAUUAUUUUACUCGCAACAUUCAAAUAGAAUUAUUUUUAUUAAUUAAAAUUCAUAUAUAGAUUAAGUUUAGUCAAUAUAACACAAUACAUAUAGAAUUUAUUUUUAACUAAAUUAAAAUUUUAAUUCCAAUUGUUUAAAAAUAGCUUAUUAAUAAUAUUAUUGUUAUUUAAUUUAUACAGUUAAAAUUUUAAAAACGAUUUUAUUAAUUAUUAACUAUUAUUUAAUUCAGCUUAAGUUAAAAAAAAUAGGAAAGUUAUUUUUUACUUACACAGUUGGGGCUGAAUGUAAAGUUCAAAGUAUGUAUGUACUCGCGUAUAUGUAAGUAGUUUAAUUCGAAGAAUUUUUUGAACAUUGAAAAAUUAGGGAUAAUAGUUGUUGGUCUCUCCUAAAAGUAUCAUCAUCACGUCAUUUUUAAACAAAACAAUCAAACUUAAAACUAUUAUGUUUUUCCCUCCUUUUUUCUAAUAAUUUAAUCGACACAAUAGUAUCUUAACGUAACUCUUCGUAUAGAAUUUUAUGGGAUUUGCAACCGAUAUAAUAAUUGCAGUUACCAAUAUUAACCUAAAACUAAGUUUUUUUUUAUCUAAUAUUUUAUA